AUGGAGGAACCGCGUGUCAUUUCGGGUUUCAAACGGGUCGCAUGGCCUGAACUUCGUCGACUGCCUCUCAAAAUCUCAUCGGAUCGCCUGCCCGCGGGCAUCAAGCAAGUGGGUCUCGACAUUGAACGAGAAGCUAACAGAAUCAUCAAGAAGCACGGUCUACAAUUUGAAGAUGAGGAAGAUCGCUGUGAUCCUGAAAUGGAAAUGCGAGGAGUGCCCGGGAAAUCUGGCACCAGUCUACCAACCAUUCUCAUAUUGGCACCAUGGUCAACUGAGAAGCAACGUGAUUGGGAGAGAGCUGCCCAGGAAAUGGCCAUGUUUUUGGCUGAUCUGUCAAGGGUCUGCUCAUUCGGCGAAAGCGAGAUUCAUGUGGAAAUAAUGGCCCCCGAACUAGUGCAGCCAACACACUACACCAAUAUCGACGACCCUGUCUAUCAAAGCGCUUGGGAAUGCUUGAGCAGUACUAUUUUCAGCCGCCUACAGUCGCUCAGAGCAACUCAAGGCCACGUCACAUGCCUCUCUCUCCAGAAAUACGGGACGGACGAUUGUGUUCAAGACAACCCACCUACAGUGUAUAUUUCGGUUGAUCAUGACUCUGAUGAAACCCAAUGGCCUGAAGUAGUCACAGAGGUCAAGAGAACUCUUGAUGCGGCCGAAUGGGACGAUGUCCAAGUCCAUAUUGAGCAUAACCAGGGCAUGGUUGGCUACUUUGAUAACCUCACUAACCCCACAAGAGAACAAAGGCAUCGUGCCUACAGGCUGAAGAAACGCAUGGAAGGCGAUUAUUAUUCAACGGUUCACAUUGGAGACGAUUUCGGCGCUGCGUGUGAUAUCAAGCGGACCGAUGGGAAGCAACUGAGUCCGACAAAUGGCACUAUUGGCUGUUUCGUGCAGCUAAGAACUUCUGGCCGUGAGCCCACUUGGCGGACCUUCAUCCUUACAUCUUAUCAAGCGGUCAGACCUGCCUUUGAUGGCUUCACCGUGACGCCGGAUGGUGCAGACUCUAGCGUUGCACCUCCAACAGUCAACAGCGACCUCUGGACGGUCGAUUCAGUUGGGUAUACACCAGACUCGUCAGCCAAGCCUACAACCUUUGAAAGCCCCUCUCGAUCAAAACAUCAUUUCAACAUUUUCCACAUUGACGAAGAGAUAGCUUGUUAUGCGAAAGAUAUCAAUUAUUUGGAGAAAACGGAUUGGCCUAAAAAGGAAAAACAACUCCAAGAGUUUAGGCAGACGAUAGCGGCUUUGAGAGAUGAAAGGAAACAGAAGACCGAGUUCUUCGAGGCUAACAAGAAGGUUCUCGGAAGCUUGUAUGCCGCAUCAGGAUUCAGACGAAGGGUUGUAGGCAGAAGAAUGGACUGGGCGCUGAUCGAGCUCGAUCGGCCAUGGCAUGAUCGUCUCCCGGAAUACGAAGACUGGAAGCCUUCUUUUUGGAGACCAUCAGCGAUGCCUUUUAUGACCUUUGGGAUGCAACUUGAAGAGCAAACUCGGUCCAUCGAAGCAUUGAGUGACCUUGAGUGGUCAAACGACACAUUCGACGUCUACAAGAUCGGAGCAAGCAGUGGGCCGAAGGCUGGAUCCCUUCUUUGCACAAACAACCUUGUCACUAUAAGAGACGACCAAUAUAUGAAUCCUUUGCCAACAGAAGAGAUGGCUUUCGAAACAAACCGCUAUGAUUACCCGCAUGAGCGUGGAUUCUGUGCGCCUGGGGAUUCAGGGUCUGUUGUCUUUGAUGGAAGGGCAGGUAUUGUUGGUCUUAUGAUUGGGGGACAUAAAAAUAAUAACUCAGACAACCACGGAUAUGGUUAUGUAACUCCUAUUGAGUACGUUUUCAAGGAUAUCAAGGACCUUUUAAAGGGACAUGUUGUCGAUAUUCGGAUAGCAAAGCCCUAA